UGACUUACUCAAUUUUCAGGUAUAAAUACACCUUCCUACCUUCUAUUCUAACUCCAUCAAAAGUAUUUCAUAUCCAAAAUAUUCAUUGAUCACGAAAUCUUCGAAGCGGCUGCUAUUUUUCUAUUCUUCCAACGUUUUCAAUUUGCACAUUUCUCUGUUUCCGGACAUUCUUCGAUAUGCUCGUCUCUUUUAAGUCAUGCAUAACAAAUGCAUUACUGGUGCUAUUAGCUACAGCUCAUCCCCUAGAUGCUGGACAUCGAUCAUGUGAAGCGCCUUCUGGAGCUAAGGCAAUCUAUUUUCUCACAAAUGAGCAUUCAAACUCGGUAGUUGCGAUUGCGGUGGGCGCCAAUGGUACUCUGUCAGGUGGCGUGAAAGUAGCCACCGGAGGAAAUGGUGGUAGUACUGUUAAUUCCACAGGUGGCUCUAACGGUCCGGACGCUCUGGGAUCACAGUCUGCGUUGACAGUUGUGGAUAAUUAUUUAUUUGCUGUCAAUCCUGGGUCGAAUACUCUGAGCAUGAUGAAGAUUGCAAGCACAGAUGCAACAGACUUGAAGCUUAUUGGCAAGCCAGUCGCUGUAUCGGGUCAGUUUCCUGUGACUGUUGCUGCUUCAAGCAAGAAUCGUCUAGUGUGUGUAGGCACAACUGGUGCCCAGGCCGCUAUUUCUUGCGCUUCCUAUACAUCAAAAGGUUUAGGUAGCAUGAGCACCAGGGCAGUAUUUGACCUGAAUCAGACAACGCCCCCAUCUGGACCCUUAAAUGGUGUUGCACACACUUUCUUCUCUGCAGACGAGACCCGCCUAUUCACAACGGUGAAAGGUGACCCUACCUCUAACAAAACUGGCUUUGUGUCUGUGCUACCGAUCGAGAACCCGAGUGCUAAGGAUACACGGAGUUCUCCUAACGGUACGGCUGUACUUUUCGGCGCAAGUGUCUUACCCGGAACCUCCAAUAUUUUUGUGACAGAUGCUUCCUUCGGGGCUGGAAUUUUCCACGUCAAUCCAUCCACAAACGACGUUUCGUUAGUGUCCAAAGCAGCCAUCCAAGAUCAGAAAGCAACCUGCUGGGCUGCGUUUUCUAAGCAAAGAGGAAGCGUUUUCGUGUCCGAUGUCGCAAAUAAUCAUCUUGUUGAAAUGAGUGCAGUGGAUUCUCAUAUCAUAUCAACCGUCAAUCUCGACAAUGGCGACCCUGGACUAAUUGAUCUUAAAGUCUCCGGUCGCUUCGUUUACGCGCUCUCUCCGGGAAAUGGUACCACCCCUGCAGCUGUGACUGUUGUGGACUCUUCAGUGGGAAAGCAGAUUCAACAUUUCCAUGUCAGUCAGUUGGGCGCUGGUAAAAGCUCACAGGGCAUGGCCGUCUUAGAAUAGGCCAACAUGAGCCGCAAGGAGAUCACUUAUAGUCAUGAAAUCCCCAAUCAUCCCUUCAGAGAUGCCGUUCAGAGAUAAGCAUGGGGUGGAAAUCUGAUUGCACAGGACAACGAGAUUCCAAUUGAUAUGAAUAUGUAAGAGAACUUGUUUGGCGACCUCAGGAGCAGUAUGAGGUCUCGGUAGUACUCAGCAGGUUUGAGUUUCAUGUCUUUGUUAUUCUCAUAGUCAAUACACUCUCAUUAAAUAACCCGUAUUUGCCUACCCUUUAGGCAGGCAUAGUCUGGUAGCGUUGGUUUGAACAUUAUCUCCC